AACUGACCAACAUCAUCUUAACAAUUAUACUAUUACACAAUGUCAGAGGCAUUUGGUGAUGAAUAUUAUCCAGCCUUUGCUCCUUUCUUGGGAUUCGGUGGAUGUGCCGCCGCCAUGAUAUUAUCAUGUGCAGGUGCUGCCAUUGGAACAGCCAAGUCCGGGAUUGGUAUUGCUGGUAUUGGUACUUUUAAACCAGAACUUAUUAUGAAGUCAUUGAUCCCCGUGGUCAUGUCCGGUAUAUUGUCAGUGUACGGAUUAGUCGUGGCUGUUUUGAUUGCUGGUGGAUUGUCGCCAACCGAAAGAUAUUCCUUGUUUAAUGGAUUCAUGCAUUUAGCCUGUGGUUUAGCGGUUGGUUUCUCUUGUUUGGCUUCCGGCUAUGCAAUUGGGAUUGUUGGUGAUGAAGGGGUGAGACAAUUCAUGCACCAACCAAGAUUAUUUGUUGGUAUCGUCUUGAUUUUGAUUUUCGCUGAAGUUUUGGGAUUGUAUGGCAUGAUUAUUGCCUUAAUCUUGAACACCAAGGGAAGUGGUUAAUCUACCAAUCGUCUUUUCCACGCCGUGUAAACCACUACAUAUAGUUGUACUUACAAUAGAACUUUUUCUUUUUUUUUUAUAUAUAUAUAUAAAAAUACACAUAAACAUUCUAAUCAGUUU